CUUCAGUGUGAGUCGUCCAGCAGUCUGGCUACGCAUCGAGACAUAAGCGCCUUUAAUGAAUUCGUGUCCGACAGACUCCUAGUUUCACAAACCACAACGCCGAGCGUGGUGCCGAGACAUGUAUGUGAUGACGGCCGAUAGAAUAUGUCCUACUGGACAUGUUAGAACUCUAUGAUUGUUGCCGUUCAGGGUAUAGCAAUGAGAACUGCCGUGUGUGUUGAGCUGUUGUGAAUUGUAAUAAUUCGAAUAUGAGGCUAAAGGAUAUUACUGCAGGUAUGUGGUAGGCUAUGGUAUAUUACUGGAGGUGUGUGUUAAGCUAAGGUAUAUUACAGCAGGUAUAUGGUUAGCGAUAUUACUCCUGGUAUGUAGCAGGCUUAGGGAUUAUACUCCAGGUAUCUGGUAGGCUAUGGAAUAAUAUUCCAGAUAUAUGGUAGGCUAUGGGAUUAUACUCCAUGUAUCUGGUAGGCUAUGGGGUAAUACUCCAGGUAUGUGGUAGGCUAUGGGAUAAUACUCCAGGUAUGUGGUAGGCUAAGAUGUAAUUUAUUUAAUAUUGUUAUUUUAUUUUUUUGUUUCUUGCGAUCUCUCACCUUUAACUUAUGUAUUGUUUUCACUCUCUCUCUCUCUCUCUUUCUCUCUCUUUAUUUCUUUAUCUCCUACCUCUCUCUUUCCUCCUCACAACUUCCAAUGCCAUUAAUAAUAUCACGUGGCACUGUUGGCCACUAAACUUCGUAGAUCCUACGUCAAAGCUUUGAUUCAAACUCGUGAACCCCCACCCCCCCUUUCCCCCAACCCAAAUUCAUACUUUAUUUUGUGAUACAUUUUGUGAAAUUUGUCUACUUCUUGUGAAGAAUAUUGUGUUACCCAAAUCUACAGGUUCUCAUUUGAAAAAGAAAUUAAAAAGUUGUUUUUAGGCUAUAGGAAUGUAUUUAUUUUUAGAAACGACCUCUCAAGGAAGAUUUGGCUAAAUAAUUUAUUUUUAAAAAUUAUUUACUCUAAAUCACGGGCGUAGCACGAGAAAAAGACGGUAGGGGUGAAGGGUGUGUAGGGUCAUUUUUUGAUCCCCCGCCUAUGCUGUGUAUAGCUAACAUUUGAUGUGUGUCCUGUCAAAUCCAGAGGCACCACACAUUUGAAUUUGAAAAGUUGUGAAGCGUGAAGUUUUAGACAGGAGAUUAACUUUUCAUUUGUCGUAAGAAAUGUAAUAACACAACAGUUUGGAAAUGGGUGAUUUAUGAUUUGACCUCACAUACUAAAUGAUUGCAUGCUAUCUGACCUCAUGUACUACAUGAUUACAAGCUAUCUGACCCAAUAUAAUACAUAAUUACAUGCUAUCUAACCUCACAUACUAAAUGAUUACAAGCUAUCUGACCUCACAUUCUACAUGAUUACAAGCUAUCUGACCUCACACACUACAUGAUUACAAGCCAUCUGACCUCACAUACUACAUGCUCACAAACUAUCUGACCUCACAUACUACAUGAUUAGAAGCUAUCUGACCUCACAUACUACAUGAUUACAAACUAUCUGACCUCACACACUACAUGAUUACAAGCCAUCUGACCUCACAUACUACAUGAUCACAAACUAUCUGACCUCACAUACUACAUGAUUAGAAGCUAUCUGACCUCACAUACUACAUGAUUACAAACUAUCUGACCUCACAUACUACAUGAUUACAAACUAUCUGACCUCACAUACUACAUGAUUACAUGCUAACUGACCUCACACACUACAUGAUUACAAGCUAUCUGACCUCACAUACUACAUGAUCACAAACUAUCUGACCUCACAUACUACAUGAUUACAAGCUAUCUGACCUCACCUACUACAUGAUUACAAUCUAUCUGACCUAGUACACAUAUAAUCAAUAGCCAUACCAAACAGACCGUAUUGUCUUCCGGUAUUGCAAGCGAUGCCGGAUGUCGGGCUGAUGGAUGGCCGAGCUGUUAGGGACAAUUAUAAAACACAACAAAAAACAAACUGUGGUGGUGAGUAAUUGGUUUCUGUCCGAUCAGACACCACGUGUGAUAUAUGAUAGGGCCUUAACCCUCGCCCCAACACGUACUUGAAACACACUGCAUUACAGUGGCGUACACACAGUCGUAUUGGUACAGUGAAAUCUACAAUUUGAUACUGGUACAGUGAAAUACGAAUUGUCAUUCUGGUACAGUGACAUACGCUGUCAUAUUGAUACAGGUACAGUGACAUAUACAGUCAUAUUGAUACAAUGACAUAAACACUCUCACAUUUUACAGUCGCAUACACAAUGUCACACUGGGACAGUGACAUACAUAAAUAUAUUGGUACAGUACAUGGAAUUAUAUUGGUUCAAAGACUAAAAUAAAGUCAUAAUAUUGAAAUGAAGUUCAAAGGUCAUGCCUAGAAAAAUAAAUGGAUUAUAUAAUUACGAACUCAAAUCGUUUUUUAAAAAAAAUGCAGACCCAGGUGUAACAUGAAGGCCCAUGUGUAACAUGCAAGCCCAGGUGUAACAUGCAGGCCGAGGUGUAACAUACAGGUCAAGGUGUAACAUACAGGCCCAGGUGUAACAUACAGGCCCAGGUGUAAUAUACAGGCCCAGGUGUAACAUGCAGGCCCAGGUGUAACAUACAGGCCCAGGUGUAACAUACAGGCCCAGGUGUAACAUACAGGACAACGUGUAACAUGCAGUCCCAGGUGUAACAUACAGGCCCAGGUGUAACAUGCAGUCCAAGGUGUAAUAUACAGACCCAGGUGUAACAUGCAGGCCCAGGUGUAACAUACAGGCCCAGGUGUAACAUACAGGCCGAGGUGUAACAUGCAUGCCCAGGUGUAACAUGCAGACCUAGGUUUAACAUGCAGGCCAAGGUGUAACAUACGGGCCCAGGUGUAACAUGCAGACCUAGGUUUAACAUGCAGGCCAAGGUGUAACAUGCAGGCCAAGGUGUAACAUGCAGACCUAGGUUUAACAUGCAGGCCAAGGUGUAACAUGCAGUCCAAGGUGUAACAUGCAGGUCAAGGUGUGACAUGCAGGCCAAGGUGUAACAUGCAGGCCAAGGUGUGACAUGCAGUCCAAGGUGUAACAUGCAGGUCAAGGUGUGACAUGCAGGCCAGGUGUAACAUGCGGGCCAAGGUGUGACAUUCAUUCUUUUAAUUUUUUACCCACUUGACGCUGAAAUUAAGUGUCCCAAGAUGAUCAUUUAGAAUCAUAAAAUAAAUUUCGCCACUUCUCACAAGCUUCCAACGCACUAAUGCAAACACACAUUAAACACACUUGCAAACACAGCAAACGCCCGUGAACACGCGCAUAAACAAACACAAACAGAAACAGGCACACACAUACACACCAAAUGAAACCUUGAAGCACCCACACAAACACCGAUAGACACACACACACAAUUACAUCUUCAAGAGAGGUACACAGGGACACAUCACCGCAUGAGAAUUGUAUGUGACACAUAUCAAAUACAUGCGACCUGUAUCCAUUACACGUUAAAAUGAGGAUAAUUCUUCCGGAAGUAGAUAUCACUAUUGAUAGUUCAUGUUUCCUCUCGUUAUUAUGUUUAAAGUGAAUGCAUACUAUCCUUAUUUUGUUAAAAUUUAAUGUUCCCUCUUAUUAUUUUUGUUAAUAGUGAAUGUUUCUUGCCAUUCUUUGUUUAAGUGACUUUUCCUUCUCAAAUUUUUGUUUUUUAAAUUGAAUGUUCUCUCUUAUCAUUUUGUUAAAACUAAAUCUCCCUGUGCAGUUCGCCUCAUUACAGCCCCCUACACUGAACGCGCGCGGGUGGUUGGUGUCGUGCAUCCACAGGGACUGUGGGCAACAAGUGUUUCACUGAGCUGCCCUAUAUACAGUUGACUCAUUUCACACCUGAUGUUAGUGUUGCACCUGUCGUUAGUGGUGGUACUGCCAGUAAUAGCAUUAUUGCCAUAAACAUCAUUUAGACCUAAAAUGUAUUGCAAAAAAAAUCAUGAUAUGUUUUAAGGCAGAGUUUCUCAACCUGUGGGUCGCGACCCGUUUGUUAGUCGCGACCCGUUUUGCGGUCGAACGACCCUUACAAAAGGGUCGCCUAAGACCAUCGGAAAAAAAAAAAAAAUUAAGUAGCAACGAAAAUAAUUUCAUGGUUAGGUGUCACCGUAACGUGAGGAAUUGUAUUAAAGGGUCACGGCAUUUGGAAUUUUAGGAACAACUGUUUUAAGGGAUAGUUGUGCCAAAAGGGAUAAUGUUUACUUAGCAAAUCUAAAGUGCAAUCUAAAUAGUUGUAUUAUCCCAAGCCAGUGGUUCUCACAAUUUUUCGAAGUACUGCGCCCUUCACAAUGUAAUUACAUUUUUCAUUUUCUUGGGAGGGGGGGUGGGGGGUAAAAAGUAUGCAAAGAUAGGUCUUAGAAAGGUAUUUCAAGUCCCAAAGUAACAUUUAUCAAUCAUGUGUAGAGGAUUUUGCAAGCAGCCAUUGCAGAGUGAGUUGUUGGUUUGAACAAGGUCUGGCACACGUGAUGUCGUAUAACAAAUUUUGAAACUAGAAUAAACGACCCGAUGUUAGCGGGAUAAUAAUGGUAGGUCUUUUGCGAUAAUUUCUAACUGCUAUUGCAAAAACUCAUCACAAUUCAUAACUUUUAAAAUGUAAUGAUAUUUACAUUUCUAGCAUCAUUAAGUUUUGAGAAAUGUUUAUCUGCUAUACAUGAUACGCAUACCUUAUACCCUUUUACACUCCUAAACUACUUUUCCCCCCUCUAAACAUCACCUUAAAUUAUUCAGUCUAAGUUAUCACUAAUUAUAUCACUUUUGUCACUAAAGAAGUUAAUUUAGGGACAAUUACUACUCUAGAGAAAUACUUUAGAUUUACCCCUUUUCGGCCUUUGAAUUACAACUUUUUUCUCCCAAAAUUUUAAAAUACAUAAUCUUAAUUUUACAACAAAAACUCUAUGAUAUAAAUAUAUUUUGUAUUACAGGAAUUUGAUAUAUAUUGAUAUCUUCAUCAAAAAUUUAAACACAUUGUUGCCUUUUUAAAAAAAAAAUAUAUAUAUUAUCAUAAAAUCGUAAAAGAAAGAAUUCUUUUAUCUAAAAAGAAUCUCGCAACGGUUUUUCACCCCUAUAUUAGAUUUGAUUGUCUUUUUAAAAAAAAAUUAAUUGUUAAUCUCAUAAAAAUACACCUCUUUACAUUUUGAAAAGUAAUAACCAAAAAUGUAUUUUCAUUUCCAAAAAAAAAAAGGAAAUAUUAACCCAUCCUCAUUUGUCCAAAUUUAAUUUUCAAGUGUCUAAAAUGAUUGGGUUUUGAUAUAUAUGGAUAUUCGUAUAUAAAUGUACUCAAGAUUUUUUAACGCCAUUUGACUUUCUUAAUUGGUAAACAUAUGUUUAUUUGUAAAAAGAGAAGUUAACAUCUCUUUUUUCACAAAUGUACAAUAUAUUGUAAUCCACGUAAAAAUGUACACAUACUUUUUCCUAUCUCCGAUAUGUAUGUACCCAAGAAGGUUAAUUAUUAAUCAAAUUAAUUCCUUUAUUUUGAGAGGUAUCUUGUGCUGCCUGUGGCAAAGUGACCAGCCCCUCCUCCCCCCCUCCCCCCACACACACACAGAUUUAAAUAAAUUUAGAAAAUCUUCCACCCGAUUGUAGUCCCUUCCAUACCCAAACAAACAUGUUUUGCACUUCAUAUGGUUCGUUCUUAUUUGUAUGAGGUAUAAGUGGAUUAGUCAAUGCUAUUUACCUAUGGAGUUGCGCUGCACGGAUUGACUUAAACGGCAUUUUCUAUAAGAAUUAUAUUUAAAGGUUAGUUUUUAUUACGUUAUAAAUAUAAUAAAAGUAUAUUUUUGGAAUUAAAAAAGGCAAAACUUUUUGAAAUGUAAAAAUAUACAAAGCAAAACUGUGUAUGCGUUUUAUUAACCAUUUCAAAACCAAUCAUAUGUAUAUAUUAAUUUUAAUUUUAAGAGGGGAAAAUACAUUAUCAGUUUUGUCACGCGCGUUUAUUAAAUUUAAAGAAAUUUAAGAGUUUUGACGAAAGAAGUUAUUCGCGCUAUGAAGUCAUUUGCUUGAUUAUUUAGAACAAAUUAAUUUUAAUUUUAUUUCGCAAUAUUAACAACGCACUAAAAAGACGCACUUAAAACGACUGAUGCUUGGGUUUUCCCGAUUAAUGUUAUUACGGUGUAAUUCUUUGAUCAUGAUUUUUUAAUUUUUUAUUUUUUCAUAAAUUUCAAACAAAUAUAACAUGCUUAAAAUAGUUCCUUAUUUGAUACUUUAAAUGUAUUUGUAAUUUAUACUUAUAUAACGUUAACUUUUAAUAAAAUAAAAGCAAAUUUAAAAUAUUCUUUGCGCACUUAAAAUUAUUAUAUUUCCGUAAAAUAAUAGAAAAUAACUAUGAAUGUUUUUAGGAAUCCGAACGUAGUUAAAUCGUAUAGGCUCUUUGGCGUUAUGUCACUGUAGCUCAUUCUUAUAUAUAUAAUAUAUUGUAUUAUUCAACCAAUUAUUUAAAAAAAGCCCCUGUGAGAAAGCCACGGCUCCCAAAUGCACCGGAGACACAUUUUUUAAUACUUUUGUGGGAAGGGGGUGGAGGAAUUAAACCACUAGUCUUUGAAGUUAAAGCUUUUAUUAUUUUAAAAUAAUUUAUUUAAUGAACAUAAUUUCUAAAUUAAUAUUUAAACCGUUACCGUACUUUGUAAUCAAUAUAUACCCCAAAUUAAAUCGAUGUAUCCCCAUUUUUAUAUCAUUGUAUAUUCUCACAUGUAUCAAUUGUCAGAUGAACAUUGAAAGAUUGUAUUGGCAAUUAAUUCAAGAAGCUGUACAAAAUGACUUUGAUUGAUAUUUUUUGUUUAAAAAUUCAAGUAAUCUUGGAUUAAUUAUGCCUUUUCUGAGGUAUAGCCUAUCCACAAGAUUUUUAAAUUCAUCACGUUCCCGUGGUUUCCUUUCCGGUUGCUUCCAGGUGUAUUUAAUUCUUUGCGUUUCUGCUCCUAGCUCGCGUCUCUGUGAAUUCUUUGGCCUUAUUCUCUUUCCUUUUCCUUGUGGAUUCCAUGUUAGGGAUUAUCUGGUGAUUUUAUCUGUUGUCUUUUUUUUUUUUUUUUUAGAUUUUUCCCUAUCCUCCUCCCUAUUUUUCUGACGGUGUCGGCAUCUAUGGGCACCUUUUACGCCCUUUCCAAUUUUUUUUUUUUUUUUUUAUUUUUUUUUUUUUUUAUUUUUUUUUUUUUUUUUUUUUUUUUUUUCUUUUGUUUUUUUUUUUUUGGUUUUUUUGGUUUUUUUUUUUUUUUUUUUUUUUUUUUUUUUUAGAAUUUUCCCUAUCCUCCUCCCUAUUUUUCUGACGGUGUCGGCAUCAAUGGGCACCUGUUACGUCCUUUCCAGUACGCCUUUUUGGUGAUGGUAUGCGGCUUUUUUAUGGUCAAUCGUGUAUGCUGCUCAUUAAAUUAUAUUUAAGUUUAAAUUACUUUACAAUUAAGUACAAAUGCGCACAACAAAUGACAUUUUUAAAGUAAUGAUGUCAAACAUAUGAAAUGGAUCAACUGCCAUGUGCUAGUGUUGGUGUCAACUCCAUCAAUAAUGAGAACCUUUUGUUCAACAGCAUUCAAUUUAUUACUGUGUCCACAAGUUAAGCGUAAGCAAUAGUCGGGUUACAUUCGCCGUUUAUUUUGUAAUGCGAUGAGCUAAGCUCUUGCUCGGAGUAACUUUAAAGGGUCGAUUAAUGUAGAUAUGAGUGGUAGACGGUGUAACCGAAUAUUCCGCAUUAGCGUAAUGCGGCUGUGGGCUGGACGGUCUUUAAAUUAACACGAGAAAUACGGAGGAGGCUGGUUUUACGUUGAAACAAAACAAAUAUACAUAAGGUAUAGGAAAAUAUACACAGGGUAUAGGAAAAUAUACACAGGGUAUAGGAAAAUAUACACAGGAUAUAGGAAAAUAUACACAGGGUACAGGAAAAUGUGCACAGGUUACAGAAAAUAUACACAGGGUAUAGGAAAAUAUACACAGGAUAUAGGAAAAUAUACACAGAGUAUAGGGAAAUAUACACAAGGUAUUGGAAAAUAUACACAGAGUAUAGGGAAAUAUACACAAGGUUUUGGAAAAUAUACACGGGGUAUGGAAAAUAUAAAAGGAGUAUAGAAAAAUAUACUCGGGGUAUAGGAAAAUAUACUCGGGGUAUAGGAAAAUAUACACAGGGUAUAGGAAAAUAUACACAGGGUAUGGGAAAUUCUGAAAACAGACAAUACAAAAUAGCCGACGUUUUGGCUAAGAAGCCUACGUCACGAAAAAAUACAGAAUGCACACAUAAGUAUGGAGUUUUUUUGUAUUUUCCACUUUGUAUAAUAACAGCGUUGUCCAUUAAAAUAAUGGUCUUCAUACAACACUUACUAUUCAAACAUUCAUUGCACUUAGAGCCCGCAUGGUUUCAUCGUAUUCCUUCAUUAAUUUAAUAUAUAAAAGUUGUUUUUUUUAAUAUAUAGUAAAAUGGAGCAGGUUGAAUGGCUCGCAAUGCGAAACACAGCGCCUUAAAACUGAGGUCAUGGUACGCUAACUAAUUUGAGAUUAUAUAUUGUUCACAUCACUUAAUUAUCGUGAAGUUUGAUGUGUAGAAAGUGUGUCACUGUUUAACCCCAGCCGUAUAUCAUUAACCGAUUCCAUUACAUUUCAGGUCUGCCCGGUGUUGUUUUUAUUUAUUUAUUUAUUUAUUUUUUUGCAUUGUAUUCUAGAUUGGGCGCCAAUCUGAAACACAACCCACUUGACGAUCUAUAACGCAACCCACUUUCAGAAUUUUUUACAAACAUACAGCAUAACAAUGUCACUUAGUCCCUUACAAAUAAAUCUCUGUCGUGAAAGUUUGUCAACAUUUUUCAAACUCGUUCCUUUUUUCCACGACCAUUGAAGUACGAGCGAAUUCAAAACUCGAUUAUGGAUAUACUAUUUUCCUCCAACCAGGGGCGCAUUUGAAACAACCGCCGAAAAUAUCUUUCUUUUUCACUACUAGGAACACGUUGCCGCUGGAACUAUGCACCGCUCACAAACCCACGCUCUCACGGAACAUUUUAAGCGCUUUGUUGUAUUUCGGCACUUUCUGCAUUGGAAACUAGAUGAUGAUAAUAACAUCAGCAAUGAGCGCAAAAACUAACUUAGUUACUUGUCUGUUCUGUUCAUCUAGUUCAUGACGACGAUGGUCUUAAAGGAACAAGUCGCAUGUGGCGUGCGUCCAUGCUGAUUACUCUACUUGGUAAGUUGGCAUGAAUUCUCGGAGCUAGACAAAUUAUUUGGUUAAGUGUUAUUAAAUUCUUAGAAUGGUCAACUUGGUGCAAGCUGGAAAUGCCGAGUGGUAACUUUUAAUGAUCGCUCCUGGACUGGUGUCGAUGUCGCUACAAUUUUUUGUUUUGAACUCCUGCCAACCAAUGCAUUCGACCUCUUGUGCUAAGUCAUCCAGGGCACUAUUGGAUUUAGCUCAAUGGAAGAUGGCGCAAAGAGGGCACCUUUGAUUCGCGUUAAAUAAAGAUAUGUUGAAGUCGUGGAUUGAUUCACCUAUACGUUUAGAGCGGAGUUAGAGAUGUACAACGGAUAAUACAAUGGGGUUACAAUGGUACAAAGUGAAGUACACGGAUUUUACAAUACUACAGAAUAUAAUACACGGCGUUUACAAUGGUACAGAAUAGAAUACACAGGGUUUAUAAUGGUUACACGGGUUUUACAAUGGUACAACGUAUAUUACAAGGGGUUAACAGUGGUACAAAGUAUAAUACACGGUGUUUAUAAUGGUAGAGAGUAUAACACACAGAGUUAACUAUGGUAUUAAGUAUAAUACACAGGGUAUACAAUGUUACAGAAUAUAAUACACAGGGUUUACAAUGUUAAAGAGUAUAAUACACAGGGUUUACAAUGUACAGAGUAUAAUACACAGUGUUUACAGUGGUACAGAGUAUAAUACACAGGGUUUACAGUGGUACAGAGUAUAAUACACAGGAUUUGCAAUGGUUCAGGGUAUAAUACAGAGUGUUUACAGUGGUACAGAGUAUAAGACACAGGGUUUACAAUGGCACAGAGUAUAAUACACAGGGUUUACAAUGGUUCAGGGUAUAAUACAUGGGGGGUAACAGUGGCACAAAGUGUUAUUUUCAACACUAAAAAAAAUAAUAACAGUCGACCUAAAUGUGUGAACGUGUCUCUUGGAAAUUUAGUACCCUACAUUAGUGAAAGACAAAGUUACAAGACAUGUGUGUUGAACAGAAAUGUGUAACUCAGUAACAGUGUUGGGAAGGCAUGUUUAACACAACAUGUGUUUUGGACAGAAAUAUGUAACACAGCAUAUGUGAUGGACAUUCAUGUUUUACACAUGUGCGUUGGACAGAAAUUUCUUACACAAAAUAUGUCUUUGACAGAAAUGUUGUACAUAAAAUGUGUAUUUGACAGAAAUGUGGUACCACAAAAUGUGUCUUUGACAGAAAUGGUGUACACAAAAUGUGUCUUUAACAGAAAUGUUGGACACAAAUGUGUCUUUGACAGAAAUUGUGUCCUUAAAAUGUGUAUUUGACAGAAAUAGUGUACACACAAUUUGUCUUUGACAGAAAUGUUGUACACAAAAUGUGUCUUUGACAGAAAUGUGGUACCACAAAAUGUGUCUUUGACAGAAAUGGUGUACACAAAAUGUGUCUUUAACAGAAAUGUUGGACACAAAUGUGUCUUUGACAGAAAUUGUGUCCUUAAAAUGUGUAUUUGACAGAAAUAGUGUACACAAAAUUAUCUUUGACAGAAAUAAUGUACACAAAAUGUAUCUUUGACAGAAAUGGUGUACACAAAAUGUGUCUUUAACAGACAUUUUUAAUGAGUAGGAACCAGCAAAAGUCUUAAAUCAAAGAUCACGUGUUAGUAGAUCAAUAUUAUUCAUGUUGGUCUUGUGCUGAACACCUUAAAAUUCAAACUCCAUUGCAAUAGCGCCCAGUAGGUUUAAUUACGGUAAAUGUUUAACAAAAUGGGGUUCACGGGAAAUGUUACAGGUGCUGUAAACGCUGCUUUUAAGUCUUUUAGGUAAGUGGCUUAAAAUUAAAAUGUCCAUAAUUGUUUGAAAGCAACCCUUAACAGCACCUCUCAUUCUAAAUUACAAAAAAAAUACUAACCAACACUGUAGAGCUACUAGCCUUGUUCAACAACUUAAUGUGUUUCAGGUUUGAUCAGCUAUGUGAUCGGGUUCAGCACCCAGCAUUGGUGCUCAAUGGACCAUGAACUGUCCGAGCACAUGGCAGGUGUGGAGGUGAAUGCCCAUUUCGGACUCUGGACUCAGUGCAUCACACUCACCGUGCUCUUCAAUGGCAAGGUCAUCAAGGACGAUUGUGAAAAUUUGAAGAACGACAAAGGUCAGCUUUUCAAACAUACGCACUCGUCUGUAUCUUGGUUCAACCCUUUCAACAUGCAGCCCUCGUCUAUCUUGGUUCAACCCUUUCAACAUGCAGCCCUCGUCUAUCUUGGUUCAACCCUUUCAACACGCAGCCCUCGUCUAUCUUGGUUCAACCCUUUCAACAUGCAGCCCUCGUCUAUCUUGGUUCAACCCUUUCAACAUGCAGCCCUCGUCUAUCUUGGUUCAACCCUUUCAACAUGCAGCCCUCGUCUAUCUUGGUUCAACCCUUUCAACAUGCAGCCCUCGUCUAUCUUGGUUCAACGCUUUCAACAUGCAGCCCUCGUCUAUCUUGGUUCAACCCUUUCAACAUGCAGCCCUCGUCUAUCUUGGUUCAACGCUUUCAACAUGCAGCCCUCGUCUAUCUUGGUUCAACCCUUUCAACAUGCAGCCCUCGUCUAUCUUGGUUCAACCCUUUCAACAUGCAGCCCUCGUCUAUUUUGGUUCAACCCUUUCAACAUGCAGCCCUCGUCUAUCUUGGUUCAACGCUUUCAACAUGCAGCCCUCGUCUAUCUUGGUUCAACGCUUUCAACAUACGGCACUCGUCUUUCCGGUUCCAACCUUUUCAACACACGAGACUGGUCUGUCCUGUUUCAACCCUUUCAACAGAAAAUAAAAAAAAUAUAAUUUAAAUACUUUGUCAUUAGUAGCAAAUAAAUGUUGGAAUUUUUAAUGGUGUGUGAAAUGGUAUGGGUAAUGGAUUGUGUAAUGUUAUGUGCAAUGGUAUGUGUAAUGGUUUCUGGGUAAUGAUAUUGAUAACGGUAUGUAUAAUGAAGACAAAAUAUUGAUCUAAAUAAUGGCCAGUGAAGUUUAAAGCUUGUCUAAAGACGUCUAAAACUCUGUUAGUUCAUCAGAUUCACCCCCUCUCCUCCACUCCCCCACACCCCACACCCCCGUCAAUACCCUCAACCACACGCACCGUGGCUAUCGUGAGGCACCAAACACAAUACUUCAAAACACCAACAUAUGUUGACCGUUAUUAUAUAACGCAUCUCAAAGGGAAGUAAAGCGGAAAUUACUUUUGCAAGUGCAUCAACAGUUGCAUGCUAAUAACCCCCCCCCCCCUUUUUUCAUCAUUAAGCGUUUCGAGUUUCCACAUGAACAUUCAUGACAAUCUCCAGCCGAAAUCCCCAAGCCAUGAACAUUCAUGACAAUCUCCAGCCGAAAUCCCCAAGCCAUGAACAUUCAUGACAAUCUCCAGCCGAAAUCCCCAAGCCAUGAACAUUCAUGACAAUCUCCAGCCGAAAUCCCCAAGCCAUGAACAUUCAUGACAAUCUCCAGCCGAAAUCCCCAAGCCAUGAACAUUCAUGACAAUCUCCAGCCGAAAUCCCCAAGCCAUGAAAAUUAAUUUUUUUUGUUGGUGUAAGUUUUGUAAUCGUAGAAACAAUCGUUUUGUAAUCAAUACUCUAAGAGUGCAUGUCACGUGUUGUCUAGAGACAGAAUUGGUAAUAAAUAUACUUUUUUUUUUUUUUUGUUAGUUGCUAGCUAAUAAUUCAUGACUCGAACAAAUGCUACGCAUAAUUGAAGAGCCCACCAGAAUGUGUACGUUGAAUCCAUAAUUUCGUUUUCCUACCUGUGUUUUACUAAUGUGCACCGUUGUAGGGAAGGGUGGUGCUGAGGGUUGGGAUGGGGGGGGGCGCUUCCCCCGGCUGCCCCUUUGUUCUAGAUCUACGGCAGAGCUGCAUUGCCGGCAAACUGAAGACAAUUUCGUCGGAAGGGGUAUAAACUUUUUUUUUAAAAAUUGCUUUGGCUGCGACUAUCCCAUUCGUGCCACCAACCGAUAAUCAAGACACAUGAGUGAUGUUCUUGUUAAAAAAAGAUAGCUGACCAUAUGUAUAAGUCUUUAUGUUUUGUGUGACUUCUUCUUUGCUAACACAUUUGUGUCUAUUGCCUCAAGCCUUCAAACCCCUAGUGCAAGAUUUCCUCAUCAACACCAGUAACAGAAACAUUGCAAAUCCCAUCUACAUGCAUAGGAGCCAAAAUGAUCAAUAAAUUGAUCGUGGACCCUUAAGAUAUAGAAGAAAAAAUGAACAAUACUUCUCCAAUUCGGUGUUCUUGUUGGUGAGUGUCUGUACCCUUCUGUAUUUACAUAUAUCAACAGCGUGGAAGCCAGCGUCCAAAUCCCUGUGCUCGAUCGGGCUGAUCCUCAGCACGCUUGGCCUGGUGUUCAGUUUUCUGGCCGGCUGUCGUCAAAACAUGCUGUUGAUGACAUUCGGUGGCGGCCUACUCAUGGCAGGAGGUGAGUAACCCGGUCAUUAGCGUAAACAGGUAAAGAUAGAACAGGUCCCAUUUGUAAGAGUUAUAAGAGUAAACAGGUGAAAAUAGAACAGAUCUUAUGUGUGAGAGCUAUUAGAGUAAACAGGUGAAAAUAGUUUGACUAGAGUGGUAUGUAAAAAUAAACCACUUGAGAUCUGUUUGGGAUUAAUUGCAAAUAGUGCAAGACGCGCUAAUUGUUUACCAGGUCAUACAUUUUUUUUCCUCUCAUUACUUGUGUGUCACUGACCACGUUGGAUAGUGCAAGGGUGACGCUCGUGCAUGGAGCCGGACAGCCAUGGAUCGAUCCAAAUGGAAGGAUAUUGUGGAGCAGGCCAGAGCCCGACAAGGGCUUUAGUACCACUGAUGAUGAUGAUGAUAGUGCAAGGGUAGAGGACCUCAAGAAAAAUAAUUGGGGAGGGGGGGAAUCUAAUUUUCAAGAAGAAUUCCUAAUAAAUGGUUAUUUAUGACUAAAGCUUUUCUUGUAGUAUAUCUAUGCAGAAGACGGAGGGCUUGCUAAUAGUUUUCUGUGUACGAAGUUAACAUUUAUUCUCAUUUUCAAGCAAACUCAACAAAGUUUUUUUUUUGUUUUUCCUUCGCUGGUUAAUACCUUAAAGCACUUUACUAAUGGGGAUAUUUCCAAAUAAGGAUGUAUUUUUUAUCUGCUUACCGCUACGGACAGGAAUUAAAAUCCAUUUCAUACUCCCAACGUUGCAGUGCACAAAAAUGGGAAAUUACUCCCCCCCCCCCUUUCUAAAAAAACCAACAACCCUGAAGCACCGCAUCAAACUAAACCUUCAUAGCAUUGAACAAUUAUGGGAGAAAAAUAACUAUCCACCCAGCAAAAAAAAAAAAGCUCUUCCCAUCCCGUUGCAGUGCACAAAAAUGGGAAAUUACCCCCCCCCCCCCUUUCUAAAAAAACCAACAAUCCUGGAGCACGGCAUAAAACUAAACCUUCAUAGCAUUGAACAAUUAUGGGAGAAAAAUAACUUUUCACCCAGCAAAAAAAAAAAAAGUAGUUUAUUUUACUUAUUUUUACUUAUCAUAUUGUCUCUUUCUUGCAGCCAUGAUCUCCGCCAUUGGGUCCGGUCUAUUUGUCGGCAAGGCCAAGCAUGAAGACGAUAGACUUGAGCCGGGGUAUUCCGUCUACUUUGCCCUGACUGGUUCUGGCCUGUUGGUGGUUGGCGGGGGCAUGCAACUCUUGUCCAUAAGGCACGAGUACUCUUCAAUAGCUUAGGAAUGUUUAAAGGGACUUCAUGGCUCUAAACAAAUUUAUAAUGUGAAGAAGCAAAUGAACCUGCGGCCCAGUGGAUAUGUCACAUUGUUAUCUCAUUUACCUCAUGUUGACAUUGUCACAUUUUUUAUCUGAUUGACCUCAUGUCAAAAUUUUCACAUUGUUAUCUCGUUGACCUCAUGUCGACAUUGUCACAAUUUUAUCUCAUUGUCCUCAUGUUGAAAUGUUCACAUUGUUAUCUCAUUGUCCUCAUUUCGACUUUUUCACAUUGUUAUCUCAUUGUCCUCAUUUUGACAUUUUCACAUUGUUAUCUCAUUGUCACCAUGUUGAAAUUUUCUUAUUGUUAUCUUAUUGUCCUCAUUUUGACAUUUUCACAUUGUUAUUCCAUGUCCUCAUUUUGACAUUUUCACAUUGUUAUCUCAUUGACCUCAUGUCAAAAUUGUCACAUUGUUAUCUCGUUGACCUCAUGUCGACAUUGUCAGCUCAUUGACCUCAUGUAGUUUUGCGUGACAACAGACACUUUAAUUAUUUAGCUACCCAAUGUUAGACAAUUGUUUUAAUAUUCAAUUUUUUUUCACAAUUAUCGUAAUAGGCAUAUUUG